UGGCGGUGCUGGCUCAAAGGGCCGAAUGGCCUCCUCCUGCACCUAUUUUGUAUGUUUCUAAUCGAGGACCAGAGGACAUGGGCUUAAGGUGAAGGGAAAAAGACUUAAUAGGAAUCUGAGGGGUAACUUUUUUGCACAAAGGGCGGUGGGUGUUUGGAACAAGCUGCCACAUGAGGUAGUUGAGGCAGGAACUCUCCCAAAGUUUAAGAAACAGUUAGACAGUUACCUGGAUAGGACAGGUUUGGAGGGAUAUGGGUCAAACGUGAGCAAGUGAGACUAGUCUAGUUGGCUGGUGUGGGCAAGUUGGGCUGAAGGACCUGUUCCAUGCUGUAUCACUCUCUAUGACUAUAACAUAUAACCAUAUAACAAUUACAGCACGGAAACAGGCCAUCUCGGCCCUACAAGUCCAUGCCGAACAAAUUUUUUUUUUUUUUUUUUUUUUUCCCCUUAGUCCCACCUGCCUGCACUCAUACCAUAACCCUCCAUUCCCUUCUCAUCCAUAUGCCUAUCCAAUUUAUUUUUAAAUGAUACCAAUGAACCUGCCUCCACCACUUCCACUGGGAGCUCAUUCCACACCACCACCACUCUCUGCGUAAAGAAGUUCCCCCUCAUAUUACCCCUAAACUUCUGUCCCUUAAUUCUGAAGUCAUGUCCUCUUGUUUGAAUCUUCCCUAUUCUCAAAGGGAAAAGCUUGUCCACAUCAACUCUGUCUAUCCCUCUCAUCAUUUUAAAGACAUCUAUCAGGUCCCCCCCUUAACCUUCUGCGCUCCAGAGAAUAAAGACCUAACUUAUUCAACCUAUCUCUGUAACUUAGUUGUUGAAACCCAGGCAACAUUCUAGUAAAUCUCCUCUGUACUCUCUCUAUUUUGUUGACAUCCUUCCUAUAAUUGGGCGACCAAAAUUGUACACCAUACUCCAGAUUUGGUCUCACCAAUGCCUUGUACAAUUUUAACAUUACAUCCCAGCUUCUAUACUCAAUGCUCUGAUUUAUAAUGGCUAGCAUACCAAAAGCUUUCUUUACCACCCUAUCUAUAUGAGAUUCCACCUUCAAGGAACUAUACACGGUUAUACCCAGAUCCCUCUGUUCAACUGUAUUCUUCAAUUCCCUACCAUUUACCAUGUACGUCCUAUUUUGAUUUGUCCUGCCAAGGUGUAGCACCUCACAUUUAUCAGCAUUAAACUCCAUCUGCCAUCUUUCAGCCCAUUUUUCCAAAUGGCCUAAAUCACUCUGUAGACUUUGGAAAUCCUCUUCAUUAUCCACAACACCCCCUAUCUUGGUAUCAUCUGCAUACUUACUAAUCCAAUUUACCACACCUUCAUCCAGAUCAUUGAUGUACAUGACAAACAACAAAGGACCCAACACAGAUCCCUGAGGAUCCUACCUGUGAUCCUACCUACAUCCUACCUAUGGCAACAUAUCUAUCCAAUGGCAAAACACCACUACUUGCAGACUGCCCUGCAAGUCACACAACAUCCUGAUGUGAAAUGUGUGGCAGUUCUUUCACAGUGGUUGGGUCCCUGUCCUGCAUCUUCCUCCCCAACCAUGGUGUGGAAGUAUCAGAAGGACCACAACACUCCAAGUUCUUUCUCAAGGCCAAUGGGCAAUAAAUGCUGCUUUCUUCAUCUGCAAAAAUGCGCUCAAAAAUGAAUAGUGGGAACUAGGAACUGCAGAUCCCUCCCAGGAACCGCUUGUGCACUCUGGAGUUUAGAAAGAUGAGAGGAGAUCUUAUUGAAACAUAAAAGAUUGUUAAGGGGUUUGGACACGCUAGAGGCGGGAAACAUGUUCCCGAUGUUGGGGGAGUCCAGAACCAGGGGCCACAGUUUAAGAAUAAGGGGUAGGCCAUUUAGAACGGAGAUGAGGAACCACUUUUUCUCACAGAGAGUUGUGAGUGUGUGGCAUUCUCUGCCUCAGAGGAUGGUGGAGGCCAGUUCUCUGGAUACUUUCAAGAGAGAGCUGGAUAGGGCUCUUAAAGAUACCGGAGUCAGGGGAUAUGGGGAGAAGGCGGGAACGGGGUACUGCUUGGGGAUGAUCAGCCAUGAUCAUAUUGAAUGGCGAUGCUGGCUCGAAGGGCCGAAUGGUCUACUCCUGCACCUAUUGUCUAUUGUCUAUAGAUGCUGGUUUACAAAAAAGGAGACAAAGUGUUGGAAUAACUCAGCGGGCGAGGCAACAUCCCUGGAGAACAUGGAUAGGUGAUGUCUCGGGUCGUGGACCGAACGGAGUCGUCACCGAUAAAUGUUCUCCAGAGAUGCUGCCUGGCCCGCUGGGUUAUUCCAGCAGCGCGAUGUGUCUUAAAAACACACAACCAAGUGACUUUUAAGAGACACGGCACAAGACGGUGUUAGCGCCAGUUGCUGCAUAAAGUCCGAGCACACCCACACACUGGCUUCAGAGGGGUUGGGAGAGGAGAGCAGGUCGUGACUGAACCUGGUCACCGACUGUUUCCCCACCCACCCCCCAGACGUGGGAAGGUGUUUAAGGUUGCGUCUGUAUCUCGAACACCGCCUCCGUUGGACGCUCCUCGCCAUCCCACGUUCAACGUUAUCGCACCGAGCGAGGACCAAAGCCCUUGCCUCACUCUGUGUGUGGGUUUUGUUUUUUUAAAUUAACCCUGAACCACAUCCUGGCCGUUCUUCUUAACCCCUGACAGGUUGACGUCAAUGAUCUGAGGGCACUUGAUCUGAAGUGCUGGCAGUGGCUGUAUUUCCUGGGGCCCAGAGAGUGUGUGUGUGUCACCUGUUGCCCCCCUGCCUCGGGGCUCCUAGACUAGGCCGUGCCGGACCUAACCCUGUCCAGGGACACUCAUGGCAACUAAUGCCGAGCACCCAAGCACGGGCGUCCCAUCCAUCCACUCGCCAACCCAGAGGAGGGUUGUGAACAAGUGAGGCACCAUCCACCAUCUAUCCCCACCCACUGUGUACACGAGUGGAAGCGAGUGAGUGAGUGAGUGAGACUGGGCGGGAAGGGGCCGGACUCUCAAUCCCGCUCGACUGGAUCACUUCGCGUUGAUUCACCACAUACAACAACAACAACACCAACCCGAGACCGCUCUCUCGAUUCAACUGGUGUCAAAGCCUUUGAUCCCGCUCGGCAAAAAAAAAAAAAAAUCACUUCUGCUGUUCUGCUUUUGGUUCUGCGGCGGCUGAAUGAAGCCCGGACAACAAGUGCCCGGCGGUGGCGGACAACGGGUUUGUUCACCCUGAGCCCGCGUAUUCUGGAGAGGGUGUGAAGCGCCGAAUGAUCCGAGAAAACAGCCACAAUGUGGUCUCUCUGGAACUUCCCACUGCACGCAGUUCUUCUGCUUCUUCGAUGUGGACAAGCACGAUGCACUACAAUUUGUGACAAUCUACACUGUGUCAAUGACUACAUAGAAAACAUAACAUGCACCUGGAGAGUUGAUGCAUCUCCGAAGCCUGAUGUUUCAUAUCAUCUUACUGCAACAAUGCAGGGAGAAGACAUAUCCUGCAGUCUGAUGGCGACCUCGUGUUCUGAUGGGGGCAAAGGUUUCGCUGAGUGCAGCUGUCAACUCUACCAAUUUUAUGGGAUUUCACAUGAUAGAUACAGCAUGAACAUGAUGACCAAGAGCAAGGAGGUCGUGAACAGCAGUGCGGACUGUCCUGACUUUAACGCAACAAAACACAUUAAACUUAUUGCACCGUUCAAUCUCAACGUCUCACACGUACCUCCCUGUGGGACGUACAACUUCACUUGGCAGGUGGUCUACGACGGUCAGUACAUUGAUAAAUAUGAGUACGAGCUGAGAUACGAGAGGAUGCAAGAUAACUCGGAGCUCCAGAAAGUCAAGUACAAAAGAGACCACCAGCAGUUCCUCCAGCUGGACUCCUCGGAGCUGGUGGGGGGCAAGGAGCACGUGGCUCAGGUCCGCAGCCGGCCCGCCUUGGACACUGGGUAUCAUGGGACCUGGAGUGACUGGAGUCCCCCGGUGAAGUGGAGAACAGAUUUGUGCAAACCCGAUCUUGUCCCGGAUGCUCAGAUGCUGAUUGUGUGCGGGGUAAUAGCCAUGACCUUCGUUUUUGUCACUGUGAUGAUCAUCAAUAAACGUGAAAGACUGUGGAGGAAGCUGUGGGUGAUUACUCCUGACCCAGAACCAUUCUUCAAGCCGCUGUUUCUGGAGCAUGGAGGAAACUUCACGAAGUGGGUCAAUGCUCGAUAUCCAGACGCACUGUAUGACGUCAGUGCGAAAAACGCGAUGAUGUUGGAGAAGAGUGAUGCGGUGCAAGUCUACGACGGACGCUACGCCCUUGACAAGGCAUCGACGAUGGGAUUGAAACCCAAGGAGAAGCAGUCAGACAUCCAUUCCUCGUGGCAAGCCUUAUGCGGCCCGUGCUCCUGUACCUCCGCUCACUCCAGGGGCCAGUUUGGGAGCAACAACCAACAAUGGAAGGAUAAGUCCUACGGCCAGGUGUCCAUUGACACGGUGACGGUGACUGACGAGUCCGCUUGUUCCCGUUGCAAACAGAAGGAUAACCCGGUCAGGCCGCCCUACACCACCCAAUGUAACAGUAAUCCUGUGCAGGAGACCCCCAAUGGGCAGGACUAUCCCCCCAGCAGGCAAUAUUUCAAUCAGUUGCACCCACUUACGCCGGGAACACCUGAGCUCGGUGCCAAUGCCUCACCGCUAAACGAGAUGAUGUCCCUGUUGCGGCCCUUCGCUGGCCCCGAUCCAACAGGUGGCGAUGUCCUCGAUCUUCAAUGCCUCAACAUAAGUGACUGGGACCCAGAGAACGAGACUUUCUCUUUAAACGGUGAAGGUGCCUCGUGGGCUGAUAGAAACGUAAGUGAGGAUGGAUCGUGGAGCGGUGGGAGUCUGGAUGCCAUCUCCUCAUGCAGCAGGUUGGAACCGGACCUCGCUUAUCCUAAGAUAUUGCUGGAUUUGGACACCGUUGAUAGUGGAUUCACUGAGACUGAUCCCUGUUUUAUGACCCCUGGUGACUUGGAAUGUAAUGAUGAGUUGCGAGCCGACGGGGUUGAGUUUGGGAAAGAGCCAGAUGAUAACAGCCUCACCAACUCAGAGGAGGGACAGCAGUAUUACCGGAGCUACGUCAAGCAGUGGGUGAAGUCCCCGACCACCGCUGUGAACUACCCUCCUCAGGGGUAGCCCUGGCCAGCCCCUAACCCUUGACCAAGCACAGCAUAGCCUGUGAGAACAUCAUCAGUACAUCAUCCGUACAGCGUCAACCAUUGAAUGACGAUGGUUGCCUUGUGCGUUAACUAUGAACUGAUCCUAAAUGAUGUACAGGGGAGUGCAUCCCUUCUUACACUGAUUUGUUAAGACAAUCCAACUCGUACCAAGUAUACCUGCUGUUCCCCAACAGUGUGAUUUUUGACUAGACGUUCCUACCUGUGUCCUACUUGGAACAUUUUCUAAUCACCUCAAUCUUCAAAUCCUCUAAUAUACCUCGCCCCCAAAUGCUGUCAAUAGAUUUUAGUUAACAAGGGAAAUAAAUAAACUUAUUCUCAAGCAUCGCGGACCUGCUAACAUUUCUUUCAGUUAAAUGGCUCAACGCUCUCACCAUGUAUUACUCUCGGAAGCACUUGACAUUUGGCAACAGGGGUUUUUGACCAGUGUGCGGGGUGCUACUGCUGUGACUGUCCUUAUCCUCCUAAGGGGUUUGCGAGCUGGUCACAAUGGCAAAGCAGCUUGGCGCUUUGCCUGCCAGCUACUGAUGCCCCCAGACAAGAGAUGAAGCUCCAUGCCUCUGGGAGUGAGGUAUCUCCCAUCCUUUGUAUCAGAACAUUUCCUGGAUCCAGUAUCAUUGCUUCUACCCAGGCCACUGAAUGGCAAGAAGCCUCAGGCUGUGUCCAUUGAGACUGAGACCCCAGGAAGGUAAUGGGUCUCUGAGUGGGACACCAGGGGUAUCAACGGCCAGCCGGAAACUGCCUUUAAACUGCCUGGAAUUCUCUGCCACAGAAUGUAGUUGAGGCCAGUUCAUUGGCUAUAUUUAAGAGGGAGUUAGAUGUGGCCCUUGUGGCUAAAGGGAUCAGGGGGUAUGGAGAGAAGGCAGGGAUGGGAUACUGAGUUGGAUGAUCAGCCAUGAUCGUAUUGAAUGGCGGUGCAGGAUCGAAGGGCCGAAUGGCCUACCCCUGCACCUAUUUUCUAUGUCUAUAAUACCUUCUACUUUGGACUAGAGCCAGUACAUACAAACCUUGCAGUGACCAGCCAGAAACCUUCCCAGCAACGAGUUCGUCAUUUGAGUUUUAUUUUUAUAGUUACACUCUUUUUAAAAUCAAUAAAAAGAGCUGGGUUCUUCUGUGCUGCCCCCAUACAUGUAGCAUAUGAUGGAUCUGGCAACGCUACAUCUUCAUUGGAAAGCAGUAACGGUCUAGCGUGUGCGUGGCACGAUGGCGCAGCGGUAGAGUUGCUGCCUUACAGUGCCAGAGACCGUGGUUCGAUCCUGACCAUGGGCGCUGGCUGCACGGUGUUUGUACGUUCUCCCCGUCACCUGCGUGGGUUUCUCCCGAGAUCUCCGCGUUCCUCCCACACUCCAAAGACGUACAGGUUUGUAGGUUAAUGGGCUCGGUAAAAUUAUAAAUUGUCCCUAGUGUGUGUAAGAUAGUGUUAGUGAGCGGGGAUCGCUGGUCGGUGCAGACUCAUUGGGCCAAAGGGCCUGUUUCCACGCUGUACCUCUAAACUAAACUACAGCAAUACAUCAAGCUAUACUACAGGUGCAGUCCGUUACAUCAGGCACCACCACAUAUGUACAUUUUGCAUCAUUCUUAAGAAAGAACUAAACUAAUUAUCAAUUACUUACACUUAUAAAAAUGAAACAAUAGAUUAAAUAGGGGGACAAUCGAGAGCACAUUGACCUGCGGCAUCACUUCCUGGUUCGGUAGCUGCAAGGCGUAUGAACGGCACCAACUAGACAGGAUUGUGAACGCCAGCAGGAUUAUUGGUGCUCCACUCCCUUUCCUGCUGGACAUAUACAGGAAGAGAUGUAUCAGCAGAGCCAUCUCCAUCAUCAAAGACCCCUACCACCCAUCGCAUCACAUAUUCUCCAUCCUGCCAUCUGGGAAGAGGUACAGGAGCAUUAGCUGCAAAACCAGCAGGAUGCUCCUCAGCUUCUUCCCGCAGGCUAUAAGACUGCUAAAUGGACUUUGCCCCCUGCCAAAGUAUCGCGCACCAACCACCAACCUGGACACACUGCAGCAGAGCCACUGUCGUGCCGCUGCCGAUCGGAACGCCUGUUGAAUGUUUAGUAGAGUGUUAAAUUUGUUCAUGAUAUAUGUAUUUUUAUUUCUAUUUAUUUUUAAUGCACACUGAAUGGACACUGGUUGAGCAACGUUUUUUUGUUUCCUCUGGGUAUGUGAAUACUCAGGAAAUUACAAUAAAGAUAUACAAUACAAUACAAUACAAUA